UGGGGAAGAGAGCGCUGGCAUUGCGGCAUGUUCACCACGAUGGUUUCAAUUGGUGAACAACAACGCGGAAAUUCAUAGGCACGGGUGAACAUGUAUUGCACUGCCUGCAGUCACAGACAGACAGGAUGGACGUACCACCUCUCUUUAUACAAGACGUAGAUGAGAAACAGCAUGAUCCACAAGCAGGUCCAACCCAUUACGUGAUUAUUACGUGAUGUUUAUCAUUCAAGAUCUGUGACUGAUCAAUUCAAGGAAGGCCCUCGGGUGUUCCGGACCACAUUCACGUACAGAACAACACACUUUACAUCGAGAACUUGCCCACGGUUGUUCUGGGCUAAUGCCAUCAUAGUGAGCUCGGUUCCUGAGACGGGAAGACAUCAUAACCGUGCUAUAUAGGCCUAGGUCUGAGCAAGACAUCGAAUGAGGGAAUUUCCAUCUGGAGCCGCGAAAGGUCGACUCCUACGCCAUGGCCUGCUGCCAUCUCCGCUGUUGGUGGUGGCGUUGGGUUGUCACACUAGCAGCAUUCAACAUGAUAUUCCUCACCCUGGGCAUUCAAUACAACUACAGUAUCCUCUAUCUAAGCUUGCAGGCAGAGUUCCAUUCUGGAUCGGCAGUAACUGGUUGGAUCGGCUCUUUAUCCACGGCCUUAUCCUGUCUGUGUAGCCCGCUCACCGUUCUGCUGGGACGGAAACUUAGCAGACGGGCUGUCGUCAGCCUCGGGGUCGUCCUCUUCUGCGCCGGGCUCUUGACGACGUCUUUCGUGCCGGCCAUUGGCUACGCCUACUUGACGUUUGGCGUCUUAUGUGGAGUUGGAACGAACCUUACUUCGCAUUCUUCCAUAGCACUGGUGCUGGAGUGGUUCCUCAGGAAGAACUUCUCCCGAGCAAGCGUGUUCACCGUUCUUGGAUCAACGUGUGGUAUGCUGGUAUUCAGUCCCGUGAUGACAGCGAGCAUUACUCGCUACGGAUGGCGAAAAGCGCUGCGAAUUCUCAGUGGUGGGAUACUAGGUGCAGGCCUCGCCAGCAGCGUGUUCCUGACUAACCCACCUACCGAGGACUACGCUGCAGCGCCCGACAAGUCCCCGGAGAGGAAACUGAAUCUGCAGAGCAUGGUCCCAAUGAAGACAGAUCCUGAAGGCGGUAUCAAAGAGACUGCUGGUGAAAGCAUGGAUCAUGAAGCAAACACAAACGAAGAGAACACUGAAGCCGGAGGGAAUUACAUCGCCAAGCCUGGAAUUCUUGUCUUGAUUAAGAGCACCGAGGUCUGGUUAUGGUCUGUUGGCAUAGUGUUCGCCUUCCUCGGAUGGACUUUUUUCAACAUCAAUUUUGCCAGUUUCAUGGAAGGGCUUGACUUCAACAGCCAGCAGAUAUCAUCCUGCAUUAUGAUAUUUGCCAGUGGAGAAAUCCUCGGGAAGAUGUCCAUCGGUGUGGUUGGUGAUCACAUGCCCUUCAUGCAUGUGUACUGGAUCUUCACAUCCUGUGUCUUUGGGACAGUUCUCCUGGGAUCACUGGUCAUUGCCAAGUCUUAUGCAGCCGUUGCGGCCGUCGCUUUCGGGUCUGGCGUAAUGCGAGCCGGUGCCUAUGGGCCAACGUUCACAGCUUGUGCACAAGUGUUUCACAAGACCUUCGGCGUAGAUACCACCAUGGUGCUAUCAAUAGCGCCCUCAGGGAUCGGAAUACUGAUAAGUGCUCCUCUAUCAGGUAAAAACAGACUUUCUUGCAACAUCGAGCCCUGAGUGCAAAAGUUUACAGCUACAUUUAUUUGUGUAUGUUUGUAAGACGCAUGCCUGGAUAAGAUGAUGUCAAGCACACAACGGUCAUAUGUUUUGGUACUGUUUUACAUCGAUAGGUGUACUGAAUGACACCACUGGUGGUUAUACUGUCGGCAUUGUGGUCAUCAUCGCCAUCUUUGUGUGCGCUUCAGCGAUGUUUGUGGCCAU